UACUGGUAGGGACUCUUGUAAAAAGAAGACAAGACAAUCGAAGACCAAAAAUAAAAUAAUUAGCKCGUUUAUUUUAAUAAAUAGUAGGCUAUUUUAAAUGAUUGCCAAUUUGUUGGAAUAUUUUAAAUGUAGGGUCCGUUUUCCAGAAGUCGAUAGAUUUAUUGGUAUAGGAACUUUAGUCAAAAAACAUCGUUAGGUGGACGAAAUGUUUCAGUUUGUGCAUUUAUCUCAAAAUCCGUAAACGCGCUUUCAUUUCACUGGACGUGAAACAGAGGGGCACGGUGAACCUAUGACAUUGCACAUACACUGAGACUGGGGCUGCAAAUGGGCGGCAUAGGUGGCAAUCUUUACCUCAGUAUGUUGAAUGGGACUGAUACGCAAACUUUCGGAAAAGACACCGAUAUCAACAAUCACCUUCAACGCAGCAAGAAUUCCGUGGAUUUUAAAAUGGGAAUUCAGGACACCAGAUUAUAUUACCAAGACUCAAUUCAAAACGGACAGGACGGAUCGGCACUGCCGUACCACGCAGACCAAACUGUGGCCGGAUUCGGAGCGCAACCCGGGAGGUUUUACUCACCAACUCCCCACAAUAGCUGCCAUUUCAGCAGUGUCAGGUCGCCGACUAGAAACGGAACGGGACAGACMUAUUUACCAACGGGAAGCGAAGGUUUCUCGACAACUAGUAAAGAAGUUUACCCUGCCUCUGCGGAGAGUUAUCCCGCACCCGUUCAACAUGGGUACUAUCGCACGCCACUCUACCCAUUACCUGGGCUACAGGUGUGCGGGAAGACGCAGGCUCUCCUCAACAACUAUCCUCUGUGGGCGAAGUUCCACAAAUACCAAACCGAAAUGAUCAUAACGAAACAGGGGCGGAGGAUGUUCCCCUUCCUGAGUUUCAACAUCAGCGUUCUGGACCCGUCAGCCCACUACAAUGUGUAUGUGGACGUGGUCCUAUCCGACCAGCACCACUGGAGGUACCAGGGAGGCAAGUGGGUCCAGUGUGGCAAAGCAGAGGGUAACAUGCCAGGGAACAGGAUGUAUAUGCACCCAGACUCUCCCAACACAGGGGCUCACUGGAUGAGGCAGGAGGUGUCGUUUGGAAAGCUCAAGCUCACCAACAACAAGGGCAGUGCCAACAACGUGGGGCAGAUGAUCGUUCUYCAGUCACUUCAUAAGUACCAGCCACGGCUGCACAUCGUCGAAGUGAAGGAGGAUGGUUCUGAGGACCUCUUCCUCACCGCCAAGGCCCAGACCUUCGUCUUCCCAGAGACCCAAUUCAUCGCCGUCACAGCCUAUCAGAAUGCAGACAUCACCCAGCUGAAAAUAGACCAUAACCCCUUUGCUAAAGGUUUCCGGGACAAUUAUGACGCGCUGUACGCACCACCUGACUCAGACCGUGUCACCCCCUCUCCCACCGAGGGCCAGCAGCUUUUGGCAGGUACCUGCUAUACCCAGGGGUACCUGAUGGACCAGUACAUGAACCCCCUGCCCCAGAACCGCUUCUACAGCCGGGAGCACAUGGCAGGCAUGGGCCAUCAGACCAAAGACCCCUCAGCCAGCCCCCACAGCCGCUGGUACCUCUCUCCCCAGCAAAGUGUCACCUCCAACCGGUUGGACUUCAACUCCUAUGAGGGUGACUUCUCCAGCAACAGCUUCUACAAGCCCUUCCCCCUGCAGACGUCGGCCCACCACACGCUGAGCUACUACGAGGACAGCCCGUUCGCCACGGCCAGCGUAUCCAUCUCAGGAGCCUCCUCGGCAGCCUGGAGCACCGGCCGGCCCUCCCCUCAGUACCUCAACCAUCCCUGUCCCAGUAAAGUCGGCCCCAGUCUAGGCUGGUUCAGGCCUGUGUCCUCUACCUCUCCAGGUCACCCCAYGCUCCGCCCCCCACCAUCACUYCAGGACAAGCCCAAGGAGGCGGGGGUGGGGGGAGAGGACCCCUGGCUGGAACCCCCCUCAGUCAAAUCGGUGGACUCGGCUGACUCCGGCCUGUUCGAGGGCGSGGCAGAGGGCAAGAAGCGGCGAGUGUCACCCUACGCUUCCAGCACGGAGAACUCGCCGCCCACCCYUAGCGUGGAGGUCUGUGAAAAGGACUGCGGUAGUGAUGCCGGCUACUACGGCUUUUAUACCCACUGAAGCCYCCCACCCACCACGRAAAUACCCUCUCCUAGUGUCCCCCUCCUGUCCUCUUUGUGCUUUGGUAUCUCCCACAUGGCCGUGUCUCUCUGCCUGUCCCAUGAAGUCAUGUAAUGGCGCUGGACUGAAGCUCCAUUGGCCACAGAACGCCAACAUCACAGAUGGGCCAGGUAAAUGGCACCUCAGCCAUUUUGACACAUACAGACAGACUGGACCUCUCGACAGCCCAAAAGGGAGGCUACUCUAAGYUUGUGUUUAGGUUACGUGUUUGAGGACAAGGACCUCCUAAGGUCAGACAGGAACACUUUGAACAUGACUGUUAAUGUGUGCGAGGGCCAAAGUGCAAAGGCGAUUUGACUGGGUCCACAGACACUGCCCUAGAAACAUGCAGACACACAGACACAKAGACCUGUGACUUAAGUCUUUUUAACGUUUGGGGAUUCAAAAAUAAGACGUCUGCACACCUGCUGACAGACCCCUGCAGGGACUGUCCAGUCUUCCCCUAUCACAUUCACACACAGACACACACUCUUUCACACACACAUGCUCACACACAGACACACACUCUCUCUCACACACACACACACACUAUUCUCCAGCUCCACGUUCAGUAUAUGCUCGCGGUCACAUGACCCAAUGUACUGAGACGCAGACACGACUGGUUGUAUGUUAAUAACAAAACGGAAUCAUUUCUGUCUAAUCCUCUGUCUGAGGAGUUUGGAACUCCCCCUUGUGACAGCAGUGAAGAACUGCAGGCUGAUGGCGAGCGCGCAGGCGAGAGCAGAGGCCAGCGUCAGGUGUUAGAGGUGAGGGGAGCUUAGCGAGGGUUCAAGGCUAAUCAGCAUCAAGGCUGACGGGCCAGUCUUCCUGUGAGCUACUGUCGCCUACAGCAGGUCUGUCAUUUAGAACAACACAGCCUUAGCAGCCAAUCCAAAGACUCACAACACAAUGGAAAUCAGCAUAUCUCACAGACAAUCUGAGGCAACUACAAAAGCGAUUAAUUAAAACGUGAGCCAGUCAGACAACACACACCGGAAAUCAUUACCAGCAGGGUAUAUCGUUUUUACACCCCCCCAAUAACUGAAGUGGAUUUAACAGUCGACAUUAAUAAGYYAUCAUAGCUUUCACCUGGAUUCACCUGUCAUGGAAAGAGCAGUUCCUAAUGUUUUGUACACUUAGUGUAUAUGGCUAAGAGAGCGCCAAACUGACAGAGUACAUGUAGCCUAUGUAUUGUCACUCCCGGGCUUAGUUAGUGUGACACAACAGAACGUGUGUCCACCCCCCCAGACUUUAGGUUCAUCAUGUCGUGACAAAGACACAGCUUCCUGGCAAGGUGACGAAGAUCUAUAGAGAGAGGAGAGAGCGAUAGAGKGAGGGAGUCUCCAGUCUGAGCCAAUCAGAGACUCUGGGGGUGACAGGCAGCCACUCACUCWAGAGGAUCCUGGGAUACUGGUGGUCUAAAACCACAUAUUGCUGGGUGUGUGUGCUCCAAUUGCAAGGCCAUAAGAAAUGACAGGAAUGUAAUCAAGGCAAGACCUCAUUAUUUAUCGCACUUAUGAUUACGGUAUAUUGUACACAGAGUACAGUCAGAAGACACAUGAUAUAAUUAGGAUAUAAUCACACUUAUUAAGUGACAGGCCAGCCAUGAAAACAUGACUCACAAACACAGUCACGCACUCACACUGGAAGGUGACCAAAACAAAUUCACUUUUGAGUUUUAAAAAAAGACAUUGGGGCUGUGUGUCUACAGUCAGCCCUGCUGGCUAUGAUUGAAUAUACUUAAUGUAAAAAAUUAAAAAACAUUUUUAUCCUACUUACAUAUAUAUACUGGAUGUUCAUUUUGUUAACCUCCUCAAGGUGUUUUUAUAUUAUUAAUUCAUGAAUUGUACAGAUGCCAACUUUCAAAGGGAAAUUCUGCCAUUUUGUGUCAGGCUAAACUGCCUUUCUACAAACAAACAGAGAAGCUGGUUUUCCUAUUGGAAGGUGGAAGAAAUCAGUGAUUCUCUGACAUAAAACCAGAGCAAUAGGAUGGAGAAGACAAUCAGAUCUGUGGUAUUGCAGAACUCUGCAAAUGAAAUAUGUUCGCAAACAGAAAGACACCUUCCCUAAACAGAGCUUAGCAUAAUGUGACUUUGCUGUGACACCAUCAUAAUGCAAUAAUGCCACAGCACAGUAAAGGUCAUUGGACUGACUUCAUGUGCUACAAAAGGGGAAUCAACUGGAAUUUAAAAAGUCUAGCUAUAGAUGUUUUCUUAUGUAGAGUUGAUCUUAUGCUGGACACUAUAGAAAUAUAUUGCUAACAUGCGUCUCUUCCUGAAAAGUUUAUUUUUACCCUUAAGCAAUUUAAAUGAAUGAAAAAGGGACUUCAUUAUUACAGUUGUUUGUUAAGAGGUGGACAAUUCGUUAUUUAAGUGCAAUUAAAAUGAGAUGUGAAUUAACUUUUUAUUUAUAAGGUGUUCAAUAUUGCAAGAGCAAAUGAAAAACAUUGAUUUGAUCAAAUGCUUGGAAAAUGUGCAGAAAUGUUUAUUCUGUAUCUUGCGUUACAUGAUUUCGUAUGUGACGCUGUCUGGCACUGAACCUGCAUUAACAUGACUGCUAGUGAGUUGAGAGAAACAGAUCAUUCUGUCUGUAUGUGGUGUGGACUCCUCAGGACUGCCUUCUAGUGUACAUCUCCUUACAAUAAACAAAACAAACUCCU